GAAUCCGCACGACUGAGCAUGCCAUCUGACCCGAGAGUCCACCGGCCGACUCCUAUUUAAAAGGAAAGAUUCAAGCGAAAAGAAUGAGCUGGCCGGCGCGCUUUACAUUUUCUCCAUUAGGGCAACCGCUGCAGGUCAGACCCCUUUGCCUCGCCGCCGCCGCCUUCUCUAGACGUUUCUGCUGCGAGGAGAGGAGCAAGGAUCGUUCAAUGGCACUUCGAUUUGAGAUACUUGGGAGAUUCAAUCGCGCUCGUGCUGCUCGGCUGACACUUCCUCAUUUUGUUUGCCAGACGCCUCUGUUUAUGCCUGUGGGUACACAAGGGACUAUAAAAGGCUUGACAACUUGCCAGCUUGAGGAAAUUGGUUGCCAAAUAAUACUUGGGAAUACUUAUCACUUGGCACUUCGACCUACUUCUGAACUGAUUUAUGAGUUGGGCGGUCUCCACAAAUUUAUGAACUGGCCGAGGGCUCUGCUUACUGAUUCUGGUGGCUUUCAAAUGGUCUCACUGUUGCAUCUGGCUGACAUUACCGAGAAAGGUGUUACUUUUCAGUCACCAGUUGAUGGGAAGCCAAUGCUUUUAACUCCUGAAGAAUCAAUUCAGAUCCAGAAUAGAAUUGGAGCAGAUAUUAUCAUGGCUCUCGAUGAUGUUGUGAGAACCACUAUUACUGGGCCGCGAAUUGAAGAGGCUAUGUAUCGCACUCUUCGUUGGAUAGACAGGUGUAUUGCCGCUCAUGAGAGACCAGACGAGCAAAAUUUAUUUGGCAUCGUACAGGGUGGCUUAGACCCUGUAUUAAGGGAUAUUUGCGUCAAGGGUUUGGUGGAAAGGAAUUUACCUGGCUAUGCUAUUGGUGGUCUUGCAGGCGGUGAAGAUAAAGAUUCAUUUUGGCGUGUUGUUGCUCAGUGUACUGCUGCACUGCCAGAGGAUAAACCGAGAUAUGUUAUGGGUGUUGGCUAUCCACUGGAUAUUGUAGUAUGCAGUGCUUUGGGUGCUGACAUGUAUGACUGUGUCUAUCCUACCCGAACAGCUCGAUUUGGCACUGCUCUUAUACCUGAGGGCGUUCUGAAGCUCAAGCACAGAGCCAUGGCUGAUGACCCCCGUCCUAUUGAUCCUACAUGCACGUGCAUGGUUUGCAAAACUUAUUCGAGGGCAUACAUACAUUGCCUUGUGACAAAAGAUGCUAUGGGAUCUCAGCUUCUCUCAUAUCACAACUUGUAUUACAUGAUGAAGCUUAGCGGAGAUCUGCACACAUCUAUUGUAGAAGGAUGGUUUCCUGAGUUUGUGUGCGACUUCCUACAGAAAAUGUUCCCGAAAGGAGAUGUCCCUGAGUGGGUCUGCAAUGCCAUGGAGGUUGCAGGAAUCGACAUCUCUUCUGUUGUGCUCUAUUCUCAACAUCCUAAGAAGGUUAAGUGCUGAAAUUGAACUGAGAUACAGAGGUUAACAGCAGGGGCUUUGCAGCCUCUAUUAAGGAAGAUGGAUGUAGAAGUAAUUUGAUACACACCGGCAGCAUAUAUUUUGUUGCUCAAUAUGCUGCAUUUUUUGUCCCACAUUAUACCCUAAUUUAGGAUACCUUGUCCCUGCCAAUACGCAUUGCAAGUGAAUUUUUGUAGCCCCCUUCCCCCUCUUGUAUAAGAAUAUAUUUAAUGUAAAAAUUACGUUAUGUGAUUAUAUUUUUCCUUGUCAUAA